UAAUAGUAAAAAUACAAAAACAGUAGACUCCACACAUAACAGGGCCUAGCCCUAGUGACACACGCACAGACAUGUCGACAGUCAGCACUUGUACUAGUCACUACACUGUCUACCGUGGUCUACAGUCAGUAGACCGGGCAGUGGGGGCGGUAGCUCCAGUGUAAUGUUUGUCAAGCCCGGUCAACUCCGCGCUUACUGCAUCACUUACGUGGUUUCAUUGGACGCGAGAGAUUUCGUCGGCAUAUGCCUGUGCCUGUGCCUGUGGAGUGUGGUUGAUCUACCCUAGGCCCUGCAUGCUGGCAGCGCUCCCUGCAAGGCAUCACACUGUAGUGUAGAGUGUAAGCUCGUUCGCAUGGCUCGAACAGUCGAAGCAGGAGCCGCAAAACAUUCCCGUAGUGUGCUUCGUUUGCCACUCUUCUCCAUUUUGUAGCUCUGGAGCAGUUUGUGGAAAAGAAGUUAGUUAGCUGGAUCAAUAGUUGUCGAAAGCCUCGAGUUCGAGGGCAAGUUUUGGUGAUGGUAGUUUGGAAUUUGUUUUAUUUUACGACCAGAGAAUGAAAUGCCUGAUGAAGAAAAUAUUUGCCACGCCACCAAUAAUUAUAAUUAUGCUGCUAGUAAGUGAAGAUCAUCCAGUUGACGACCUGAGCGUCGAGGUGCGCUUGCGAAUCUGGUGAGGUACUGCCGGCAAUCAGUGAGUCUGGCCUCGAAGCGCCGGGCCGCUGGGCUGUACUGUGCAGCGACUUGGCGAUAGACCCUACUACUAUUCUUCUUCUGUACACACGUGCGGACAACUAGCGACUAGGUUUUCCACUGGCGAGAAGUCCUGUUACACCAGACGCCUCUCCGUCAGUAUUCAAAUCAGCGGUGGUUCUGUCAGGAGAGGGUGCAGCACGCGUGGCGUUUGGCUGAGCUAACGUGUACAUGAUUGUGGCAUUGGACCUGUUACAGGCACUGGACCUGCUACAGGAGACAUGACUAGCAUUCGGCCUGUGCACACAAGAGCAGAGAGCCACACAGCCUUGCCCAGUACUGCUCACCAGCAGCAGCAGCAGCGGCGGCGGUGGCAUGCCCGUAGCAGUAAUGUAACUGCACAGCGCCUCAUCACUGCCGACACGCGCAAUCUUUACCCGGGCGUAUGUGACGACCAGGAUGACGGUGUGGCAGGUGCAGGCCCACAGCAUAGGGCACAACCUUCUCAUACCGGUGUCAGAGGUACACGGAUUGCAAGUCGUAACCCAUCGGAGAGACCGCCGGUGCCAACUGCCAGUGCAGCAUUAGGUUAUCCUGCUCAUCAUGUAGACAGUGGGCGUACUGCUGGUAGCCAUUCCGGCGUGCAUCAUGGGCCCGCAUUGACAAUGAACCUGUCAAGUCAGCGUGGUGAUACGCAGGCCGUCAUGCACAGACCCAGACCGGUACCCCAGCAUAGAUUGCGUAAUUCUGCCGCGGCGGAUGCAGGCGAUGCAGGCACGACAAGAGAUGCAGGCGAUGCGGGCACGACAAGAGAUGCGUCAGAGCAGCAGACAGGUAGUGGCAGGCGAAGAAGAGUUGUUUUCUUAUCCGAGUCAAGAGAACCUGCAAAUCACCAUGCUCCUCCAAGGCACCAUAGAGCAGCGAUACGCACUACUACUUCUGCUACUACUGCUACUACUGCUACUACUGCUACUCGUGUUGGCAGCAGUGGUAUUGCCGCCACUGCCGCCGGUGGGCCAAGUAGUCACAGUAGCAGUUUUCCCAGUCAGGCCGCACAUUCCCAUCCUGCUUCUCAUGGUACUAUCAGCCAGCAGCAGACUAGUCCAUCAACUGUAAGCCACUUGCGCACACACACCACCACCUCCACCACCACCGUACACAACCCCAGUAGAGGCCGGCAACACAGGACUUGGCCAGCCCCAAUGCGCCCAUUACGCAGAAAGGAAGAGCACAGGAUCCGAAGCAGCUACACAACAUUGUAUCCUCAUCAUUCACCUACUAGUCAACCUGCUGCCGAUCCAUUCUUACAGGGACAAGGAGGCAUAAGCCUGUACCAGAUGAAAGUCCACACAGCAGCUACUGACCUACGCGAGGUUAGAGUUCGUGUCAACCAACACGAGGGCAGCAGCACCAGCACGCCAUGGUAUAUGAUCUCCCAUAAGAAUGUCGGCCUGGUUCUUCCGUACAACAAACCGCUGAGCGUACUAGCGCCCAAGCUGCAGCACCAUGCCAUUCCUGCCAAGCAAUGUGCAUUUCAGAAUGCCGGCCAGUUGACGUUGAUUGUCUAUCUGCUGAGUGACCUUGCUGGAGGACGUAUCAAGUCCUGUGAUAUUGAGGGCACUGAUACAAAAAGCAAAUCGGUGCAUGACCUGACCGUGGAAUUAAGUGACUUGUUUGGCAAUGCGCACUGGUCGUUCUCGGCCGUGGUGCCGGACAGAACUCCAAAGGCAGCAACCGGGAAAAGCCACAGCUCUGGUCAGAAAAAAAGAUCGCUUACACAACGCGUUGGACCGUUUGGUGAAGAUGCUCCAACUGCAUCACUUUCCAAGUCAGCGUCAUUCCAUUCACCUUACACUACCAAGCUGCAAGGGAGCCCACUAAAACGACAGCUUUCCACGGGUGCCGAUGCAAGCGCAUUGGAACGCCAAUUCCGUGAAGCCGUUCAUCAUGAUCGCAAAGACAAGGCAGUGAUGCAAGAUAAGUCCAUUGGUACAGAUGAGCUAAACACGCUGCAGCCAGGCUCGAUAAACAAGAGAAAGAAGAAGACAUUAACCACCAGGUCAUCAAGGACGCUGGUCAGCACAGGCAAAGCAGUCUCCCAGUCGCACACUUUGCCACAAACUCAUGAACACACUGCUCAGGGCAUCGCACCACUGGCAGACGAUAGAAGUGACGACCGCACACAUCAAUUGCAAUCGGGCUAUGAAGCGUUGCCAUCUACGAAUCAAACGCGUGAAGAGGGGCCACUUGCAACGCAAGACGAUUCGACAGUUAUUCCGACUUGUGCCCAUCCCUCUGCUGGUGAACAACAGCCAUUGCCUGCUGAUUCACUUGCGAUUGAUGGGAAACCGUCAGCUGCCCAAACUGAUGGAAAUAAUGUGACUCAAGGUGUUGGUUUGCAGCCAUCAAGCCUACCUGACAUAGUAAGAUUGACUGGGCAUGUACAUAAAGACACGGGUGGACAAAGCAGCACUUCAACUAAUGCUGGUGCAUCGUUGCCAAGUGCAUCAGAGCAGAUUGCGUCACGUGUAGCUAAAAGUGAAUCUAUGCCACCGCUUCCUGCAACAUCAGAUCAACACUCGCUGCCGGAUGAAGACAAUGUUGACCAACAUGACUCGAAUACGUCAGCUGUGGCACAGACCACGUAUGCUGGCAAUGUCAAGCAACACCGCACUUCCAUCUCCCCAGCAGCUGCACAGGAUCAUGGUGAUAAGAACCUACACGCAGUAUCACCAUUGCCUGGUGUAACACAAUGUGAGAAUACAGUUGCGACAGAGAACCCGCCCAGCAGUUCACUUUUAGCUGCUACGACUGAGCAUGACAUUGAGCGGGCUGCCAGCUCUGCACAGUCCCUUGACGCAAGAGUAAGUGUGCCUGUAACAACCAUACAGGACAAGCUUCGAGCUCAGCAGAGACAUAGACGGAAGAAUCACAUGCCCGCACAAGGCCAUGUUGGCAAGUUACAGCGCAUUGCCGGGGAGGUUGUGUAUGAGCAGUGGAAGGCAGCAGCACAAGAUAAAGAACAGGAGAAGAAAAAAGUCAAAAGCAAGAGGAGAAGUGUCUCCAGAUCACGGUCUCCAUCCAAGCAACGCUGGAAAGGCUCGUCUACAUCAAGCAAUUGCGGGGACAGUGAUUCAUGCAUUAGUCUGCCGGAAAGACGCUCACAUUCUGUGAGAGCACCAGCUGAGAAGCGAAAGCGUCUGCCGAAACAGCUCUCUGAAGAUCCCAGCAUGUACAAACGAAGACGAACUCCACAGCCCAGUUCUGGUGUGCAGGAAGCACGUUCCGAGUCCAGACGAACAUCUCAACACAAUGACAGCCAAAACUGUGAGGCAAGACAGGCAGGACAAUUGGAGAAUGAUGACAACAGCACUGAAAGAGGAACACCUAUGGAAGCCACCCACCGGCUAAAGUCAUUAGCAAAGCAGCCUCAGCACAGCAGCAACAUGAUAUGUAGUCUAGAUGGCGAGUUCUGUUGCACGGUUCCUGAAGAUGAUCAUGUCUCGGAGCAGCUACAGUAUAGAACAUUUCCUGGGAGGAAAUCCAAAGAAAAAGUCAGGACAAGACCAUCUCUUCGGAGGAAAAGUGUCCGGAAGAGGAGUGUCAGAAGUGCAGAUUUACCCAGUGCUGCAACAAGCACUGCUAGUCAUACUGCCAGUGGGUGUAUUCUUGAUGAGAAUGUCACGCCUCCAUUACAAGGAAAUGACCAGCACACAGUAUCUCAAACUACAGUGCAGGACAUGAGGAGACAGAGCGCCAUGACCUGUGCACUCGACAUGAACGAUGUCUGUAUGGACGUGACAGAGGAUGCAGCCAAACCGCUUGCCAUUUAUUUAGAGCCGGGCAGUGGGGGCAGAUACGUAGUCAGGUCUUCGUCUCCUUCGUCGUCACCAAUGUCGGAAUCUAAACAUUUGGCUGGGUUUGAAUCGGAUGAUAGUUUAUCAGAAACAUCACCAUCUGAUGACAGUCAUAGUGACUCAGUGUUGUGCAGUACACGGAAUGAGUGCAUGAAGCAGAUCCACUUGGUGAAGAAUAUAUCUUCAACGGAAGGAUAUCCAUACCUGAUAUUUGUGCAGACAGACAGGACUAGCAGAUCAGCAAGUGGCUCUACUGGCGUGGUUUGUCUUGCCAUUGUUGGGGAGAAUGGCUGUUCUGAGGAGAUUGCAUUGUCACGCUCACUGUCACAUGAUGAGAAGUUUUCCCGUGGCCAAACGGAUGCGUUCCACAUUAGACUUCGUGCGCCGCUCGGUGAAGUGUUCUACAUUCUAAUUUCCUACCUGACUCCCAAGUUCUUUCAGCCUAGGUGGUGCUUGAAUUCCGUCUACAUCAUUGACGAAACUGAUCAGUGGCAGUUUGAAUUCACGCCAAAGAUGCCCAUCCUCUUUGGAUGGUCUCGCUCGGGUAUCAUGAAGGCACUGCGCGGCCAGCAGAACGUCUACACCAUGUCUUGUCGACUGAACUGCGACAAGAAAGGCACCACCAUGUAUCAGUACCCUGGCAAGAAAUCUCCAAGAAAGAAUGACCUGUCCUCAACAGGCAAGGAAGUGGCCGCCACACCAUGGGUGCGUGCGCUCUUUGAAUUUGCCGACAAGAACGAGGAUGGCACGUUGAUUGAAAGCGAAAUUAUCGCCAUGGCAAGACGCUUGAAUAUGAGUGCUGAGGCUGUUGCUGUCUUCCUUAAAAAUCUGGAGGACUCCAAGCAGAUAGGCCUCGACCUGGAGCGUUUCUCGGCAGUCUGGAGGCAUGUUGAAAACCGAGGAGAAAUUGAAGAGGUAUUUGAAAGGUUUUCUUCAAACCAGAUUUAUCUAACUGAGGACGACUGGAAUCUAUUUCUGUCCAUCCAAGGCGAGGAGAAGGGUAUUUCCCUGGAAGAUGCUAUUCUGAAGUAUGAGCCUUACUUAGAUGAGGCAAUGCCAGCAGGAGCACUUACUUUGAAUGGGUUUCGCCAGUACAUCACUUCAGAUGCAUGCGAUAUAUGGGACGACGAGUGCUGCAAGUUCCGACGACAGGAUAUGGACCAUCCCCUGUCACACUACUAUAUCGCAUCCUCGCACAACACGUAUCUGGUAGCUGAUCAGAUAAAAGGUCCAACAACGGAACAGGGCUAUGCACGGGCGUUGCGCUCGGGUUGCAGAUGUGUAGAACUUGAUUGCUUCGAUGGUGACGGUCAACCUGUUAUUAAACAUGGCCGCACUCCGACACAACCUCUUAACUUCCGACAAGCUCUGCUGUCGAUUAGAGAGCACGCCUUCUUUACAUCUCCGUAUCCAGUGAUCUUGUCGUUUGAAAAUCAUUGCUCAGUACCAAUGCAGGAGAAGAUGGCCCAAGAACUGCUCAACGUGUUUGGAGACAAACUCUACUUGCUCCCUCCAGACAAAGACAGUGAAUUCCUCCCUUCUCCGGAGAAGCUGAAAGGAAAGAUUCUGAUCAAGAACAAGAAAUUAAACGAUGCGCAGGAAUCACGCCCGGUGUUUGAAAGAGCAGAUACCACACAGGCAGGACCACCAGCAGAGCCGGCGGAUCAGAGGAGAGGCUCACUGCUAAUGGUGUGGCGCAAGAGUGAUGCCGGUCAAUGCAAGGUGAAUAGUGGAAAGCCUUCCUCGCCGGUAUCGGCAGCGACAGCGCGACUUUCCACGGAGUCACCUGACAACAUUUCAAUCUCAAUCGAUGGAAUGUAUGCUGAUAUUGAUACGAAUAGCUGUCCGAUUGGUGGAGGUUCACUGCUGACAACCUCAGGCAGUUUUCUUGAGUCAGAAAGUGACUGUGCAAUACAGUCAUUGUCUGACUCGACAUCAGACCAGCGUCACUCAUCGUCAAGAGAUAGCUAUAGUUCAUAUCUCAAGUCCAAGCGAGAAUUGAGAAUGUCUCGUUUAUCAACAUUGGAUGAAGGCAUCAGCUAUAGGAGUGUGGACAUUGGUGAUGACAAGUCAGGUAUUAGUGGUGAUGAUGGCGACUCGCAGUUUCCCGGGAUGCGUGAGCAUCGUAACGGUCGCACGCCAUCUGACGACAUGAGCCCCACAAACUUGACAAAGUUUCCUUACCACAGGAAAACCAGUGGCAGCAAGAUCUAUGCAAUUGGCUCGGGAUCUUUUGGCAGCUCUUCUGAGGGUGCUCGAGAUGGACUACGGAGACAGUCUACCAUUGGCGCUACAGAUCAGUCGGGUAGCACUAAUCGACCAUCAUCGCCUUAUCUUUCCUCCUUGGAUAAUACAAUGGACGCGUUAAGUGGAAGCCAGAGUGAUCUGCUGCUCUUGAACAAGUUGGAGGCAGAAAUAUCUCGACAAAAUUCCAUUAACAAUCGGCCGGUUUCACCUUCAAAAUCCCUGGACGCUACACAGACAAAGGAUGCCAAGUCGCAAAAGGUUGCCAAGGAACUGUCAAUCAUGGUCAACAUCAUUCAACCGGUGAAAUUCACAACUUUGAAAGCAGGUAACUACUGGGAGAUGUCAUCCAUCAAGGAGAACACUCUCAACAAGCUACUCUCUAGCUCCAGUACGUGUGAGCAAAUGGCUGAGCACACUAAACGACAAAUCAUACGGGUCUAUCCAGCCGGUCAUCGCAUAGACUCCAGCAACUUGAACCCAGUGACGGGCUGGAACUGUGGGACACAGAUGGUUGCACUGAACUACCAGACACCCGGUGUAGCUAUGGACCUGAAUAGAGCAAUGUUCACACAGAAUGGCAACUGUGGUCUUGUGCUGAAGCCGGAGUUUCUAAGAGAGCAGGAUCGUCCGUUCAAUUGUGUGACAAACACCCCGUCCGCCUAUGGCGUAGAGCCGAAGUGUAUUACUAUUCGGAUGAUAAGUGGCCAUCAGCUACCUAAUGCACACAGUUCAUCAUCGGCUGAGGUCAUCAGCCCGGUUGUGUGCAUUGACAUCCUGGGUUUGCCGUGCGACCGACAGGAGUUCCGCACCAAACAAGUCAAUCAAAAUGGAUUUCAAGUGCCGUUUGGAGAAACUGCAAAGUUUACCGUUAGCAACCCAGUACUGGCUUUUGUGCGCUUUUCUGUGCUGGACUGUGGAAAGCCAGAUCGUUGUGUUGGACAGCUAACGCUGCCGUUUAGUGCCAUUCAACAAGGCUUCCGUAAUGUCAACCUGCAAUCCCAAACUGGGCACAGGCUGCCAGGAGCCAGCCUGUUUGUGCACAUCACCAUCAACACAGUGAUGCGACACAGCUAUUCUCUUAUAGACUAGUAGUGUGUUGAGUGAUUGCCAGUAAUGGACACUCACAGUGAACGGGGUGCUGUGCUGGUGAUCGCGAUUGGCUAACUACAGGCAGUGAAUCGUGUAGUGCUAGCAAGCCCGGUUGGCUAGCUACAAGGAAACAAGGAACUCAGGUGAUCGCGAUUGGCUAACUACAGACAGUGAAUGGUGCAGUGCUGCAUAUGGUGCAGUGCUGCAUAUGGUGCAGUGCUGCAUAUGGUGCAGUGCUGCACAUGGUGGCCGAGAUUGGCUAGCUACAGUCAACUCCGCCUGAGACAGCAGAGGUGGACCUGUAUGUACCUGUGCUUAUACAUUUAGAUAUAUCACACCAUCACCAUAUAUCACACCAAGUCAUCAAAUCAGGAGUAUCAGACCAGAUUGACCAGAUUAUCAGUCUUAUUUAUUUAUCUCGAGGGUAACGCGACCAGGUGAAGUUGCGUAGAAGAAUUACAAUACUUCUGCUGAGCUUGUGCAGCCUGAUAAGUAGACCAGCACACACUAGAUUAGUUUGGCUCCUUCCGCAGACCAUUUUCACCGCUACAGUGUGCGCAUCUCGACAUAGUUUUACGAUCCCAACAUUGACAAACCGAAAUGCACAGCCAUCGUAAUCCUCUGCCAGGCAAACACUAUAAUUAUGGUCAAUUUUUAUGAAAACUAUCAGAGAAUUAAAUUAAACCCGUACAGCUAUCCCGACUUACUGACAAAACAACUACGAAAAUACACCCGCGUUAUAUUUGGUGUGCUGCUCCGGUAGUAUCUACACUAAUCAGAUCUACUUCCAUUUCCAGUGUAUUUAUCAAGCUUUUCUAUGAUUACUACUUCACAAGUAUUUUACAAUUUUACUUUAAUACUUCAUGCAGACUAGUUACGCUUCAAAACAACACGUAGAGUGUGUGCGUGUGAUUGCACCCCAUUUGACAUUUUGGGCAUUAUAAUUCUAUAAAUAUUGCAGGAAUAGUUUCAAGAAAUGGCCAAAUGAAGAAAGUUCAAAAUAUUUUCGUGCAUUUCAA